UCUGUGAGGAUUAAAUGCUGGAUUUCUGUCGACUGAGAGGUAAAAAGCUACGGCGUUUGUUUUUCUGUGUAAUCAAGCAUCACUGUUUGAACCUUGCUGUGACAGGAUAUACUCACAGCAGCAUCAGUGGCCUUGAAUCCACGUAUCAGGUUAUAUCAGUCUGAUCCAUCUUAGUAAGGUUACACCAAACCAGGAGUCUGACACUGGAAUACACUGCAGCUCAACAACCGGGCUCCUGGGUUUGAACCUGAGCUUAAGCCAAGGAACCAUUUCCACAAAAUAAAAUUUCAAGAGAAAGUCAGGCAGAGAUCCAUUUCAUCCUCAGCGCCUGGACCGUGAAGCCUGAUCGAUCCUGCUCCUGCAAGCUGCCACAGGUGGCUGCACUGCUAUCAGCUACUCAAUAAUGCAUUGACUCAAACUCAGGAAUGAAAGGGAGGAGAAAGUGUGCGAGCCUCUGAUCCUUUUGGAAAGGUGGAUGACCGUCAAGAGAAAGCGAUCAAUCGCCUAUGGAUAAUGCAGUGAGACGAGGACACACGGAAGUGAAAAAAGUGAGCAGAUGUUGAAAAGGAAAAGAAAAAGCGAACAAAAUGGCCACUGACAAAGUGACACUGGGACAAAGACUGUAGGAAGACUGACCAAGCCAGAGAGGAAGGGGUCAAGUAAACCAAAGGAUUACACUUUAAAGACCAAAAAGAAGGAUAACAAAGGAAAGAAAUUCUCCCAAAAGAGGCCAUUGUUAGCAGACAAAGAAGAAGCACACAAAGGAGGUCAUCAUGGUGAACACUGGCAUGCAACUGAUCAGCUUCACCUGCGCGGUGACUGGCUGGAUCAUGGCGAUCGCCGUCACGGCCCUGCCUCAGUGGAAGGUCUCGGCCUUCAUCGGCAGCAACAUCCUGACCUCAGAGAUCAAGUGGGAAGGCAUCUGGAUGAACUGCAUCUACCAGACCACUGGUCACAUGCAGUGCAAGACCUACGACUCCAUGCUGGCCUUGCCUCCGGACAUCCAGGCGGCCCGCGCUCUCAUGUGCCUGGCCAUCUUCAUGGGCUGGCUCUCCUGCACCGUGUCCUGCUGCGGCAUGAAGUGCACCACCUGCGCCGGUGAUGACCGCCGGGCGAAGGCGGGUAUCGCGCUCUCAGGCGGGGUUCUCUUCAUUCUGACCGGCCUGUGCGUGCUGAUUCCUGUUUCCUGGACUGCUAACACUGUCAUCCAGGAUUUCUACAAUCCCAACGUGCCCUUGAUGCACAAAAGAGAGCUGGGCCAGGCGAUCUAUCUGGGCUGGGCAGCUGCAGUUAUUCUGAUGAUCAGCGGGGCCGUGUUGAGCAGCACCUGCCCCCUCAUGGAGAGGGGUGGCAGGUACCGAAGGGGCUACAUAGGCCGGAGCUUUGCAAAUUCACCCGCCACAGCACCUGAUCCCCCAAAACCCAUCACAACUAAUAAUCUACCAUUAAAGGAGUACGUUUAAGAGGAGGAAGAAGAAAGACCAGCAGACGGAGACGGAGGGAAUUACAGAGCUGAUGCUGUUAAAAACCUUGUCUGUGAAUUUUA